GUAGCAGACAGCUGAGACUGAAUCAGCCAGGCACGAUGGAUACCAUGUUAGCUGCUGUAAUGAAAAACAUUGCUGAUGCACUUCAGUUUGAUUACAAUAACAAACUAGAGGAUGCUUAUGUGAAAUAUGCAGAAUGUGUUCUCCAAAUCAUGACAACUCUUCUCAAAGAUGUAAAAGCCAGAGAUAACAAAGUAUAUAUAAGUACAGAAGUUGUGAAGUUUGUCAAACUUGGAAGUCAGUGUAUUGAACGGAUUGCAAUUGUUGUUAACAGUCUUUCCAGAACAUCUCCAAUGCCUGACCAGAAACUUCACACUGAGAUGACAGCCAGCUCACAUCCGAGUACAGCCACACUAGACAGGGAACCUCACACACCAGGAUUUAGAUUUUCUGCUCCUGUACCCCCAAUACCAGAAGCUAUGGACAGACCAACCUACCAGAGGACCAGAUCACUGGGACCAAUGGAGAUGGCUUACAGACAGAACCAACAAUUGAUGAGAGCUUACAAAGCCAGACAGGCCAAACUCAAUGCCAGGAAUGCCUUCAACCUGAGUCUGACAUUGCAGAGAAAGAUGGCAGAAAAUCUAGCAAUUGCUAAACUUCAGGAAGAAGCUCUUGCCAAGAAGAUGCAAGAAAGACAGAAGAGGUUGGAUGAACUUGCAAAUCAAAAAUUUGGAUUUUCAGACAAGGAAACCAAAGAAAUUUACAAACAAGUCAUGAUCUAUGAGCAAGAUGCUAAAUGGUUACAUAACAUGCGCAAGGAACUUGAAGAAAAUCCAACAGAUCAGUCUGUAAUUAGUAAAGUAAUGAAUUUAGUCCUCAGCUGCAAAGAUCACCCUAUUACUGAAAAAUUGAAAGCCUACCAAUUCAAAAUAUAUGAGAGAAUCUACCCUUUGGUGUCUGAUAAACUUGAAGGAUUAAAACGUAUAACUGUUCCUUUAGACAAGAGUUUAUGGCCUUCAAAGCCAGAGGUCAAGGACACAUUGCAAAAAGACAAAAACAAUAAAGAUUCAGGAGACAAUUUUGAGGAGAAAGUGAGAAGUCACAGUUUAGAGGAGACAACUCUGAGGAAAGAUUCCAGUGCAACAUCCUUAAGUGAAGGGGAAGAUGAAUCUAAAAAAGAGAUGAAAACAAUGGAAGAAAUCAGUGAAGAUGUUAAGGAGGAUCUUGAAAAAGCCAUGGACAUGGGUGAUAAACUACAGCACAAACUGGAGGAAGAUAGAGAGAAAACUAUGAAGAUGGCCAAGAGGAUUUCUCUGGAUGUUGAGACAUACCAAGCUGAAAACAUGGAUGAUUUGUUUGACGAUGAAGAGGAGGAGGGAGAAGAUGGAGAACAUCAUCCAGAAGAGGAGAGAAGUAUUGAAAGCCAGGACAGAUCAGAUACAAAAGAGAAGAUCAGUUCUGGAGAUGUGAAAGAAGAGAGUUUUAUUAAGGACAGAAGUGACUCAGCUCAAUCACUGGAAGUUCCUGAAGAAAUAGAGAGACUGAGGGUUGAGGCACACAAGAGACACCUUAAGGGAAUAUCUGAGGAUGUUCACCGCUAUUUUGAUAAGCUACAGGAGAUGUUUAUAUGUGUGUAUGAGCAACUGAGCUCUCCCGAGGGCAGAGAUUACUGUUAUUCCAAGCUGGAAGAGCCUUUCUUUAAACCUAUCUGGCAGUAUUUGCUUGCAUUGUACAGGUAUGCUAACAAGUCCUCUGAGCUGCAGGUUGCACAUGUUAUGACAGUUCAUAUGAACUCCUUACCUGAAGCUCUUGGGGUGAAAAAGAAAUUGCAGUUGCAGUCACAUGACCAAGAUCUGACCUACAUUCCAUACAAGCCAGCAAUUGAAGAGCUCCAAACCAUUUCUUCACAAGUUACUUUACUUGGGAAAUUAGAGUGUUUGGUGAAAUCGUCUCGCCUGAUAUGUAGAUGUGUAGAGGAGUACUACAGUAAUGCAGAUAAAAGCCCCAGCAUUGGGGCUGAUGACUUGCUGCCCAUCCUGGGCUAUGUGAUCAUCAGGAUGGGCAAUCCCCAGAUUGUUUCGGAGUGCAGCAUUCUCGAGGAGUUCAUUCAUGAGGGGUACAUCAUGGGAGAGGAGGGAUACUGCUUGACCUCAGUACAAACUGCCUUACAGUAUCUGAAAUCUCUAAGUGUUAAACUGCUCACUUCUGAUGAAUAGUGCCAUAUACCUUAUACAACGAAAAUUUCCCACCAAGUGUUAAAUAUAUCUAAGUUAUCUCCCUUUCAAAUGGUGAUAUAUAUGUACACUGUAGUUGUUGGAUGACACUGAUUUUUUU